AUGGUGAAGCUGGACAUCCACACGCUGGCUCACCACCUGAAGCAGGAGCGGCUGUAUGUGAGCGCCGAGAAGCAGCUGAUCCAGCGGCUCAACGCGGAGGUGCUGAAGACAGCCGAGAAGCUCUACCGAACCGCCUGGAUCGCCAAGCAGCAGCGCAUCAACCUGGACAGGCUGAUCAUCACCAGUGCUGAGGCUUCCCCUGCUGAGUGUUGCCAGCAUGCCAAAAUCCUGGAGGACACGCAGUUCGUGGACGGGUAUAAGCAGUUGGGGUUUCAGGAAACUGCUUAUGGAGAGUUCCUGAACAGACUGAGAGAGAACCCCAGGCUCAUUGCAUCCUGCCUGGUGGCCGGAGAGAAACUCAACCAGGACAACACUCAGAGUGUCAUCCACACGGUCUUUACCUCCAUCUAUGGCAACUGCAUCAUGCAGGAGGACGAGAGCUACCUCCUGCAGGUUCUGCGCUACCUGAUUGAGUUCGAGCUCAAGGAGAGCGACAACCCCAGGAGGCUGCUGAGACGUGGCACCUGUGCCUUCAGCAUCUUGUUCAAGCUGUUCUCUGAAGGACUCUUCUCUGCAAAGCUUUUCCUCACUGCAACCUUACAUGAGCCCAUCAUGCAGCUUCUGGUUGAAGAUGAAGACCACCUGGAAACGGAUCCAAACAAGCUAAUCGAGAGAUUUUCCCCAGCACAGCAGGAAAAGUUGUUUGGGGAGAAAGGCACAGAAAAGUUCAAGCAGAGAGUGCAAGAGAUGGUUGACUCCAACGAGGCCAAGCUGGUGACCUUGGUCAACAAGUUCAUUGGCUAUCUCAAACAAAACACUUACUGUUUCCCUCACAGCCUGAGGUGGAUCGUGUCGCAGAUGUACAAAACGCUGUCGUGUGUGGACAGGCUGGAGGUUGGGGAGGUCAGAGCAAUGUGCACAGAUCUUCUCCUGGCCUGUUUCAUCUGCCCUGCCAUCGUCAACCCUGAGCAGUACGGGAUCAUUUCUGAUGCUCCUAUAAAUGAGGUGGCAAGAUUUAAUCUGAUGCAGGUUGGGAGGCUUCUGCAGCAGCUGGCCAUGACAGGCUCCGAAGAGGGAGAUCCACACACCAAGAGCAACCUUGCUAAAUUUGACAAAAGCUGUGUUGCUGCCUUCCUGGACGUGGUCAUCGACGGGCGCGCGGUUGAAACUCCUCCGCUGUCGGCGGUGAACCUCCUGGAGGGGCUGAGCAGGACGGUGGUGUACGUGACCUACAGCCAGCUCACUGCCCUGGUUGGCUUCAUGCGCAACGUCAUGUCGAGCGACCAGCUCAAGGAGGAUCGGAUGGCACUGGAAAACCUGCUGGCAAACCUACCCCAGAACAAGCCAGGGAAAAGCAGCAGCCUUGAAAUGACCCCCUAUAACACCCCCCAGCUCUCUCCUGCAACCACUCCAGCCAACAAAAAGAACAGGUUGCCCAUAGCAACUCGUAGCAGAAGUAGAUCAAACAUGCUGCUGGAUCAGCACGGAGAUCACGAGGGAUCCUCCCAGGAGACCAUCCCAGAAGUUCAGCCUGAAGAAGUGCUGGUGAUUUCCUUGGGGACAGGUCCCCAGAUCACCCCUGGAAUGAUGUCUGAAAAUGAGGUCUUAAAUAUGCAGCUGGCAGAAGGUGGGCAAGGAGAUGUCCCUGUGGACGAGAACAAGCUCCAUGGUCCUUCGAAUCGCUCCAACUCAGUGUCGUCCCUGGACCUGGAGGGGGAGUCGGUGUCGGAGCUCGGCGCAGGUCCCUCGGGCAGCAACGGCGUCGAGGCCCUGCAGCUCCUGGAGCACGAGCAAGCCACAACUCAGGACAACCUGGACGACAAGCUGCGCAAGUUUGAAAUCCGCGACAUGAUGGGUCUGACAGAUGACAGAGAUAUAUCGGAGACUGUGAGCGAGACCUGGAGCACAGAUGUGCUGGGGAGUGACUUUGACCCCAACAUCGACGAGGAUCGUCUGCAGGAGAUCGCAGGUGCAGCUGCAGAGAACAUGCUAGGCAGCUUGCUGUGUUUACCAGGUUCAGGAUCCGUGUUGCUUGAUCCCUGCACAGGUUCAACCAUAUCAGAAACCACAAGUGAGGCGUGGAGUGUGGAAGUAUUACCGAGUGAUUCAGAGGCUCCAGACUUGAAACAGGAGGAGAGGCUGCAGGAGCUGGAGAGCUGUUCUGGGCUGGGGAGCACCUCUGACGACACGGAUGUGCGGGAGGUCAGCUCUAGGCCCAGCACACCAGGCCUCAGUGUGGUGUCAGGUAUUAGUGCAACAUCUGAAGAUAUUCCUAACAAGAUUGAGGAUCUCAGGUCUGAAUGUAGCUCUGACUUUGGGGGAAAAGAUUCUGUGACAAGCCCUGACAUGGAUGAAACAGCUCAUGGAGCCAGUCAGUUGACAUCUCCUCCUUCCCAGACAGAUUCUUUGCUUGCGUUGUUUGACCCUCUGUCCUCGAACGAGGGUGCGUCGGCCGUGGUGAGGCCCAAGGUGCACCACGCGCGGCCGUCCCAUCCGCCCCCCGACCCUCCCAUCCUGGAGGGGGCCGUGGGGGGCAGCGAGGCCAGGCUGCCCUUCGGCUCCCACGCGCUGGUUCCCGCAGACCUGGAGGCCUUCAAGCAGCGCCAC